AUGGCCUCGACAUCAAAUGCUUCUAGUUUCAUCAUAAAAUCUCCGUGUUUCUCGUUCGAACUGAACCCGCCAGCGUCUCCCAGGGUUUCCUCUCCGGAGCGCAACAAAGCCAGCACUACGGAGACCUCCGAGCCCGUCGACUCAGUCGCGCUGCUUCCCGCCCUUAUCUUCAGUCGUUCCGGCCCUGAGUUCGAUUGUUGUGACGACAUCCUCCAGUUUGAUCUUAUUGCUGCCGCAUUACGGGUUCCAUCACCGGGACGCAACAAAUCUGGCACUUUGGGGACCUCGGAGCCCUUCGUCUCAGUCGCGCCGUUCCCAGCCAGCGUCUUCAGUCGUCCCGGCCCUGAGUUCGUCUGUGGUGAUGAGGCUCCCCAGAUUGCCCUUACAGGCAAUGACAACGGCUCCAGAUCGGCAUCAGAACCGCUUGAUUUCAUCAACAUCUACUAUCAGAAUGUCGGUGGUAUCAAUUCCUGCGUGACUGAUUAUCUGCUUGCUACUUCAUGUUCCUGCUACGAUAUUAUCACCUUUACCGAAACAUGGUUGAACGAUCACACUCUCUCCAACCAGAUCUUCGGAUCCGAUUAUUCAGUGUUCCGCUGCGAUCGAAGCUCCCGUAACAGCAGAAAGGCCACAGGUGGUGGGGUGUUACUCGCCGUAAGGUCCAAAUUCAGAGCCAUGCCAAUCGAUGAUGAAUCUUGGCAUAAUCUUGAGAUGGUGUGGUCCCGCAUCGAACUCGGCGACCGGAAGCUUUACGUUGGCGUACUAUACUUGCCUCCUGAUCGCUCGAGAGACGUGACCUUAGCUGAAUCAUUCUCUAGUUGCAUUUCUAAAAUAAGCUCUUUCUGCGCUCCAGAAGAUGACAUAAUCGUCUUAGGCGAUUUUAACAUGCCAGACUCUUUGAGUACAGCAACCUUACGUCAGAUCAACAGUGUUGUAAACGAGAACGGCCGGAUGCUUGAUCUUUGCUUUGCCAAUGACGGAUUCCGUUUACCAACUAUCGAAUCAGCACCGGCACCGCUAGUUAAAGUAGGCCCACAUCACCCGGCUUUACUGGUUACAAUUAAUAUCUCUAGUUUGUGUAACCCCGCUGAUAAACUCACACCCUUCUACUUGGACUAUAAAAACGCCGAUUUCGAUAUCAUUUCUCGCGUACUGGCCACUAUAGACUGGGAAUCCGAACUCGAACUAGCUAACCCUAAUGCUGCAGCCGAAACUUUCUCGCACAUCCUCAACUACGUAAUCGACCGUCAUGUGCCGAAACGCACCGCCAAUGCUAAUCCUCGGACUCCAUGGGCUACAGCAGCUUUACGACAACUGAAAGCGACAAAAAGGCGUGCCCUUCGAAAUUUCAACAAGCACAAAUCGCCGCAUACCAAGGAAGAAUAUCGCAAACUCAACUCCGCCUAUAAAAAAGCCUGCCAACGUAGCUAUCAAAACCAUCUUCGUCGAAUUCAGCAAAAUCUCAAGACUAGCCCAAAAUCCUUCUGGAAUCACGUUAAAAAUCAGCGGAAUGAACCUGGAACACCGUCCUGCAUGUUCUUAGAUGGCAUCAUAGCGAACUCUGACUCCGGAAUCUGCGAUCUCUUUGCCAAUAAAUUCUCGAGCAUCUUUGAUACAUCUUCAAUAACCGACGACCAACUAAAUCGCGCCAUCAGGAGUGUUUCACCACUGGGCUUUUCUUUAAACGGCUCCAGUAAAGAAUUGUUUCCUCCUAGAAGUAGUCAUCAUAUCGCCAAAGGCCAACGGUUCGAUUAG